AUGAAGAAAGGGCGUGCGGCGAAGCAAUGCAAGAUGCGCAUGGCGCAGGGUUGCCAGGUGGCCACCUUGCUGAACUGCGCAGACAACAGCGGGGCCAAGAACCUCUACAUCAUUGCGGUGAUCGGGAUCGGGGGCCGACUCAACAAGCUUCCGAACUGCUCUCCCGGAGACCUCGUCCUCUGCAGUGUGAAGAAAGGCAAGCCUGAGCUCCGGAAGAAGGUGCUGAAGGGCGUGGUGAUCCGCCAGAAGAAAGCCUGGAGGCGCCGCGAGGGCGUCUACGCCUGGUACUCGCAGUGUCGGGGUAGACUCCCUCAGACAUGGAUCGUGUCGCCGAUAGUGAGGUCUACUUCGAGGACAAUGCCGGCGUGA